UAAUGACGUUCAAAUAAAUUUGAAUCUGUGCUUAACAUAGGAUAUCCAUCGAAAUAAUAUUAUAUCAUAAAGAGAUUUAAUAAAGAAUUUGUUACAAGUAACAAGAUCUACAAAGAAUGCGUGGAAACCAAAUGUUUGCAAAUAUUAUGUGUAUGAACGCUUGUGUAGGGUGCUUCUUUGGUGCUAUUUUUCUAGUCGCUGGUUUGACUAUAAUUGUUUUGGGCAUAUUAAUUAAAAUUAACUUCGAAUACUAUAUUGUAUAUUCUGAAAACAAAAAUGAAUUGUUACCGUGGUCUAUUAUUGGUAUUGGUUUUACCAUUUUGUUUGCAGGAUUGUUAGGAUGUUUUGGUGCAAUAAAAGGAAAUAUGUGUGUUUUGGGAAUAUUUUUAAUCUUGCUUUUCACUAUAUUUGUUUCUGAAAUUGCUGUUGGUUCAAUGGCAUUUAUUUAUUCAUCAAAGAUCGAAGCUUAUACGGAUAACAGAUUAAAAAAUGCAGUAGAUGUUUUUGAUAAUAGUUCUUCAUCAAGAAAAUUUCUCGAUUGGGCUCAUGAGAAAUUCAGUUGUUGCGGUUAUUUAGGCCCUUCUGACUUUAACAACGCUACAGAUUUAAAGUUAACAUGUGGUUAUAAUAAUGGUCUACCAUCAUGUCAUCGAAAGAUGAAUUGCAAAAAGAUUCUUUUUACCGAUGGGUGCAACUUAAAAUUUCUCAAUUUUAUUAAACAAAAUAUAGUUAUUGCUGGCGGAGUUGUAUUUGGCCUUUCUCUUAUGCAGCUAAUUGGAAUUGUUUGCUCGAGUGUGUUGGGUUGCGUCAGAGGCGGAAGAGACUACGGAAAUUUAGAAUCGAAAUGGUAAAGACAACAUGACUUUUGUUGAAACCUAUAAAUGAAGAAGUUAUUUAAAAUAAGAAAUGUGAAUGUUUUUAACAAAAUGACUUUUUAUUUAUAAUUGUAAAAAAUAGUUAUGGUAAAUUAGGGUAAUAUGAGCACCGUGGUAAUAUGAGCAUACUUAAAGAUUUCUUAGAUGGAAGCAGUAAAGUUAAAGUUA